AUGUCGGCAGAGCAAAGUCAUCAGCAGCGGAAGCAGAGCCCUGCCCUGCCCCAUGCCCUGAGCAAGAUGGUUCCAGAUCCCACCCUAGAACCAGAACUGCUCCACAAACCUGAAGAAGACCAGGAACAUGACCCCCCAGAAACCAAAGAACCAGAAGAUCUGCUCCAGGGAGAGAAGGGGCACCAAGAAAGGAAUGAGCCAUCUGACAAGCCUCCAACAUCUGACAUGGACAAGGAAGAUAAUCCAGAGUCCAAGCAGGGACCUCCAUCAGGAAAGGAGAAGGAGGGCCCACCCCAGACUCAACAGGAGCACAAGGAUACUCCAGCUUUGCCCCGUGCUCUGAGCCAAGAGUCCCUGAAGCCAACACACCCUCCUCUCCCUUCUCCUAAAGAAGCUGAAGGCCACCUCUACACCCAACCUCCUCCUCCUGUGGAACAGCACCAGCAGAAGAAGCAGCCAUCCCAGUGGCCCCCAAAGUAG